GACGCGCCUAUGUCCCUUGCGAGGUGGUGCUCUAUAAGAGUGAUAUAUAAAGAGCAGUGGCUUGCAGGAUGUGGGUUAGUGUAGUAGUACAUAAACUAGUACAACCGUCAAGAUCACCGGGCUGGCGCGGCCCGCGCAGAAAGAGAGCUCUCUAAGUUGAACCUCUCUAUGCAAGUAAACACACUUGUGGAACACAAUGGAAAAAAACUCGAGAAACCAUGCAGUGGAGCUAUCCAGUGUAUCGACGCCGCGCUCCGGGGAGGCCACAGGCUCGCAUCAGCGGGAAGGCCAAAACAAAAGGCAAAACAAAUUGCUACCUUUUUCCAUUGAGGCCAUCUUGAGUGCACCACAUCCCAAGAAGAACCGUGUAGCGUGCGCGCGACCACCGAGGCAAGACCCGUGUGUCACACAAGUGGGAAAACCCGACGCUCUCUCCACUCUAGAGACCUUUACUAGCGCAACUUUACAAGACGCGGGGGCUGGGAAAGUAAAAACGAAACGCGCGACCAUGACGUUGGAGCAGAAACUCGAAGCGAUACAAGCAAGGCUGAGCCAACGAAAGCGGAGAAAACCACGAACAUGCUUUACAAACCGACAAAUUAUUGAACUUGAAAGAAGGUUUAUGUAUCAAAAGUACUUGUCACCUUCAGAUAGAGACGAUAUAGCUAUGGCGCUAGGGCUGCCAGGAGCCCAAAUCAUAACCUGGUUUCAAAACCGACGCGCAAAGAUGCGGCGAGACGUGGAAGAGCUCAAAUCGGACGUGAAGGCGUCGAGCAUUCUUAGCUCCGAAGAAGUCAGCAAACUUUGCGAAGACUUGGAGAUUUAGCUAUUGUUUAAGAUAGCAAUUAUUUGUUAAUAUCAAUUGAAAGAAAGACUUCCUAUGGAGUUGAUUCCUACCUACCAUUUCAACCCUUAAAGGAAGACAUGAAAGCGCGGGUCCCGUGCGAACUCGUCGUGCAAACUUUCAAGUAAGAGACUAUAUUUAUAAAGCAUUUACAUUACAUUCGUUUUCUUGGAAAUUAUAAAUACAAGACUGUACAUGUACAGAGUCGGGUACAAUGAUCAACUUCAAACCAUUGUUGUUCAGAUUUGUGAAAAGUACUUAUUUAAUUAGCGAGAUAUAUAUAUAUAUAUACAUCCAUUUCAACCAAGUUAUAGUCAUACGCCUUCUACUGUGCAAGAAAAAGGGACCAUGGGCAAACUAGAACGGUUCUUCUGAUAUAUAUUUUGUUCGUGCGUUUUCCUCGUCGACACUAUAGUAAAUUGAAUUAGGACCUAAUUCCUUAAACUAAAUCGUAAAUCUUUCUAAGCUAUCACAGGGGGACAUCAAGCACUCCCGUGGCACAGCGCUUGGAAUAACUUGUUUGAUUUAUGAUUAUCAAAUCAACUUUUGUUAGCUGUACGCGCAUACAAGUCACUCAUAUGAUGAAUUUAUUUGUUCCGUUCAUGUACUUUUACAAGAUUUGCCAGGAAACAUUGAUUUUAGGGUCUCGAAAUUUGUAAAAGAGGUAUCACGUAGAGGUAUCACGUAGAGGUAUCUCGUAGAGCGCUACACUCGAAACGAUGCGAAUAAAACAUCCCAUUCAAACUGCA